ACAACCACCAUGUCUGCCCUACCGAGGUCAAUUGCAUCGCGCGUCCUCGCCCCUGCCCUGCGACCCUCUGCGACGAGGGCCAUGGCCCCGUCGUUCCGCACAUAUGCGACCAACGAGCCCACUCCCCACGGCCACAAGACGAGCUCUGAGGAUGCGCCCGCCGUCAAGCUCAACAGCGACUCGACCCAGAUCCGUGAAGAGUCCGCCGCCGAGGGCAUGAGGCACCAGCCAGACUACAAUGUCGCCAUCGACUACCGGACCUCCAACUUCUCCCCCGUACCCAAGCGUGUCAUGGAUGGAAGCGAGCCCGGUGAGAGUGUCGCCGCUGCCGUCCUCUCCGGCGCUCCCACCGACCUCCAGGCGCGUACUGUCCGCAUCUACAAGCCCACCAAGACAGCCACACAAUCCGGCGACUGGAACGCCUCACACUGGCUGAUGGACUGGGACGUCCUUCCCAAGGGCCACCGAUGGGAGAACCCGCUCAUGGGCUGGCAGUCGUCGGCCGACUUCAUGAACGGCCACCGGAUACAGUUCAAGUCCAAGGAGGAUGCCAUCAAGUUUGCUAACAAGCAGGGCUACGAGUACUUUGUCCAGGAGCCUAACAAGCGGAAGACCGCCCCCAAGGCCUAUGCCAACUUGUUUACUCACAGCCCCAAGAAGCUCAAGAUCGUUCUCACCAAAUAAGAGUCCAAGAGUUGGUUUUGGCAGACGUGGAAUAGCAUGCGUACAUACUGCAUUGAUUUAGAUUUUCAAUAUCUUCCUCCCGGCUCCUUCUGUUGUGAUUCUGUCAUUCCAGCGUCCCUGCAUAUCGCCUGGUCACUGCCAUACUACCCCUCUUGGAGCGUUUGCAUCUUCCGUAUUCCUCAUUCACGGCGAGUUUAUCGACCACCAAUGCUUGGAGCUGACUCUCGUAUAUAUUUUUCUCUCCCCGUAGUCCCCUUUGCUCCUUCGUCAAUCUUCUCCUUACCGUUGAAAUGAACCUCGCCGCUAUGCCUCCUCUUUCACUAGAGGUGAAGGGCAGUCUCGAGACACUGCCCUUCACCAUGGCGCUAACACAAGAAAGAGCUGUAUACAAAAUUUCUGCCUUGACCGUGGUCGUUGAAAAAUCACCACAUUCGCAAU